AUGAAUGAGGAUAUACUGAAACGAAUAAAAAGCAAAUUAAAAUUAGAAUGUUAUUUAAUGAAUGACGAAUGGUUGCGAGAUUGUGUAGAGUUUUAUGUGAAUCAACAUGAAAAUCCACAUACACAAGAAAUUUUACAAUUUGUAAAAGUACAAUGGCAACUUAGUGAUUUGCGUGAAAUUAAUAAUAAUAAUGGAAGUUUGCCUCAUAAUCUUUUGGAGCAAAAAUUUGUUAUUUUAUCUGAAAACUAUAUUCUUCAGAUAGAACAAAUGUAUGAUAUUGCGACAUCAAAAUAUAAACAAUUAGAACAAAUUAGAAGUAUUCAUAUCUCAGAAGUAGAACAAUCUGAAACAGAAAAGAUGGAAAAGUGGAAACCACCCAAAAAAAGAAUGAUACAACUACGAUUAACAGAUGGGGUACAAGAUGUAAUUGGAAUUGAAUAUAGUUACAUCUCACAAUUAAAUGAUAUGUUAUUACCAGGAUAUAAAGUUAUGAUAAUGGGUCCAGUGAAAUGUCGUAAAGGUGUUUUGUUAUUAGAAGAAGGAAAACUUAAAGGAAUUGGUGGUGAAGUUGAUAAGUUAUUAAUUCCUAAUGCUUUGGAAAAUGUUUUAGCUAGAGCUUUGAAUCUUAAAGAAAAUCCUGAUCCCUAUAAUGAUAAUGAGACAAAAUCAAAAAACAUUAAACAAGAAGAACCACAAAUAGAUGCCAACUUCUUUGAAGAUGACUUUGAAAUAAAUCUUGAAAAUGUUUCCAAAAUUGAAGACUCACAUAGUAAAGACAAUAAAUAUAAUAAAAAUCUAACUAAAACAGAAACUAAGACAAAAAUUAGAAAUACUGAUACAAAAAUUAAAACAAUUACAAAUUGUGAAGAUAAACUGAUCAUGGAUGAUGACGAUUGCUUUUUGGAAAUGAUUGAUGAAGAACAACUUAUAGAAACAGAAAUAGGACAUAAGAACAUUGCAAUACCCUUUAGAACAUUGCCAACAGAAAAGAAUGAUAUUAUUAUAAUAAAUGAAGAUGAAGAAACUACAGAUGUAAAAUAUGAUAUUUUAAAAAGAGCUGGAAAAAGAGAUUCUUCACAUAUAAAUUCUGAGUUAUUUAGUACCAAAAUAAAUUCAUCAGUUAGUACUUCAUCUUCAAAAAUAGAAGGAAAGGCUUUACUAGUUGGUGAAAAAAGAAGUAUUCCAAUGUCUCCACCUAUAGCAAAAACUUUGAAAAUAAGUAAAAUGGAUAGAAAAAUUACAGAAUUUACAAAAGUAGUAAAUAUUUUUGAAGAACCAAAAAUUUGUGAAUUUAUUCAUGAUAUAAAUAAUGAAGUAGUAACAGAAACUAUUUUUAAAACAGUUCGAGGUCGUGUUGAAAUUCUUGGAAAAUUGACAAAAAGUGAUUUAUCAUGGAUUUUGGAAGCUACAAUAGCAGAUGGUACUGGAACAAUAAAUGUUUCUUUCUCAAAUAAGGUUUUGGAGGAUUUAUUAGGUUUCAGUGUACAAGAAUUUUCAUUGAAAAAGAAAUUGAAGAAAAAUCCAGACAUUGAACAUAAACUUAGGAUGAGCUUUCGUAAUGCAGAACAAAAGAUAAAAACUUUGGAUGCACUACUAAACUUAGAAUUGAAUACAAAUAAAAAGCCAACCGUGAUUGAAAUCAAUAACCUAACUCAGGAACAGAAAGAAAUAAUAGACAGAAGACUAAGAAAUUUUCUACUUAAGAUUAAUAAUUAA